CGAUCCAAUUAUCUUUCCAAAUUUUCUCUCACAUUCACGCCAACCUUUAUUUCAUUUCAUUUCACUCGUUCUUCUUCCUUUUCCCACGAGAAUCAGCUGAUUUGUUAUUUAGGUGAAAAAAGUGGCUGGUGAAUCAAGUCAUUUUUGUGCAGAAUACACUGUCAGUGUAAAAGGUCCUUUUACACGCUCAACAAAUCGAAUAAGAGAAGAGAAAUGUGGAUAGAUCAUGAAUAAAUAAACAAUCCAUCAGAAACUUCGUAAUGGAGAAAGAAAUUGACACAUUCCUUAGAAAACUUUCCAUAGCCUCUAUAGCCAUAGCUUCAGUAACACUCAUAUCUCUAUUCCUUAUCACCCCCGAUACAUGCGUUCCACCCGAAGCGCCGUUAAAACCCCACUUCCGCUUCCCUAAAUCCACCUGCGACUUCACCUCCUCCCGCCCCAGCCUCCCCUCCGACAAGAAAAACAACCGUCUCUGGUCCUCACGCGACUGGAACAACAAACUCCGAUCAUUUUCCCUUAUUUUCCUCUCAAUUCGCGAUAUUGGUCUUCUGCCUAACAAUACUAAAGUCCUCUGCAUUUCCGCGGGUGCCGGUCAUGAAGUGUCUGCGUUACAGCGUCUUGGCGUGGAGGAUGUAACCGGCAUUGAGUUGUUAGAGUCUCUGCCUCUUGUUAGGCGUGCUGAUCCGCAUAAUUUGCCUUUCUUUGACGGGGCGUUUGAUUUUGCUUUCACUGCGAGAUUUGAUGAGGCGUUGUUUCCGAUGAGAUUUGCAGCUGAGAUGGAGAGGGUUGUUAGGGGUGGUGGUGUUUCUUUUGUUCUUGUUGGGGAGUGUGGUGCUAAUGAGGUGAGAGAGGUUGUGAGAUUGUUUAGGAAUUCUAGAUUUGUUCGUUCUACUAAUGUUACUUUGAGUAAUGUUAGAAUGACUAGUAUUCUUAUGAGAACUAGAAAAUCUUCUUCAUGAUUUGUGGUUACAUUUUCCUAAUGUUAUAUAAUUUAUCUGUGUAUGUAUAUUUCGUUUCAUUUCUUUAUAAUCUGUCAUUGUUAUUAUAUGUGGAUGAGUUUUAGACUA